CGGUGGUGGUGCGGUACCUAUGUUCAAGAGAAUGGCACCGUCCAAACGAGGCAAAGCGAAAGGCGACUCCGCCGCUCCGGCCUCCAUCGCCCCGGCAGCGCCGGCAGGAAUUCCCGCCUGCCUCCGCCUCCUACCCACCUCCUCCGUCGCCAUAACCGUCCACGCCAAACCGGGCUCUAAGGUCGCCACGAUCACAGAUUUCGGCGACGAGGCGCUGGGCGUGCAGAUCGACGCUCCGGCGAGGGACGGGGAAGCCAACGCGGCGUUGGUCGACUACAUCAGCUCGGUUUUAGGAGUGAAGAAAAGGCAGGUAUCUAUUGGUUCUGGUUCAAAAUCCAGGGAAAAAGUCGUGAUUGUCCAAGACACAAAUCUUCAGAAUGUUUUUGAUGCUUUGAAUAAGGUCUGCAAAUGCCAAUGAAGGACACCGAAGUACUUGAACCAGAUGGGCAUGUGAUGUACAAGCUUCUAUUAUAUCUGAAACCUACAGAAGACCUCAAGUAUUGAUAAGACCGUAGAGUAUUGUAUAUUUUUCAGUUUGCCAUUCUUGACUUGCUAGAUUUAUGUCUGCAACAUGUAUGAUCCAUCUGCGAACUUGGCAUCAUCGUCAUCUGACUCAUGCUUGUAUAGAAACCUUUUGAACCUCUGAGAAGCUGCCAGAUCUUAGAAUCAGCCAUGCGUAAAAUGCUAAAACAGCUAUACUAUGAUAACAUGAUGGCUAGGCAUGGAUGAAUAUGUUGAUGCCAGUUUUACAUUUGUCGGAUCACUUCAGACAAUGCAGACAAUAUUUACCAGUGCUUUGAUAACUGAAUUGUAGAAAAAGACUUCAAUGGC